AUGAAUUAUCAACAACAAAAUUUCAACAUUAAUAAGGCUCAAUAGGAUAAAAGAUAAUAAAUUAUGGAGCUUUAAUAGUUGUUUCCAGUAACUUCAUUGCAUGACAAAGUAAACCAAGAUUUCUACGAGCAAUACUUAAUUACUAUUCUUCCAGAUAUUUAAAUUAAAUUGUAAUUGUAGAAAUAAUAUUUAAGAGUGAUUAAUAAAGAUUUUCCAUAGAGUUAAGCUAAUUUUUUUGUUAUAUCGAAUUUAUAACAUGAGAUCAUUAAUGAAACAAAUUGGUAAAUUAAAGUAUAGAACAAAGAAAGCUUAAAACUCACUGUUUUACAUAUCAAAGAGCUAUUCUUAUAUACUAAACCUCAGUAAGAUCCUUAUAUUGAGGAAUUAGCAAAUUUAAAAAAUAAAAUAAAAGAGGAAUAAAUUAUACAAAAAAUUCAAUAAGUGGAUUUAAAGACCUUAUUCUAAAAUGUUCCUGUGACAGAAUAUAAAAAAAUAAUAGAAAGUGGGAGGUUACUUGAAUAUAUUGAAAAAUUACCAGAUUAUAAAUUAUUGACUCAAUAUAUAAUAGAAUUGGGAAAAACAAAUGAAAAUUUUGCUGGUAUAAAUUAUUUACUAGUUGUAGAUCAUCUAAUUGAAUAGGAUAAAAAGAUUAAAAAUUAAAAGGCUGAAUUGAUAAGUUUAGCAGCAUAUUUUGAUAGUCUAAAAGCAGAUGUUAUUAAUAAGGAUAGAGAAUUUAAAAAAGUUCAAAAUGUAUAAAAAUUAUUAAAUAUGUUAAAGAGAUUGGAUCCAUAUCAUAUAGUCCGCCAAUUAGAUGAAUAAAUUAACUAGUUAGAUGAAAUAAGUAAUGAAAAAAUAGAGGAUCUAAAUGGAUCUACUAUAAUAUUGAAUAAAUAAUUUGAUGAAGAAUUAUAAACAUAUUUAAAUUUAAGAAAGUAACAACAUAAAUUGUAAAUAAAAAAAGAUAAAUUGGAAUAAACACUGCUUUAAAGGAAAAUGGAACAAAUGAAAUAAUAAUAAUGA